UAAAAGAAGUCAUGUUACAGAAGUGUUUGAGUUACUCCUAUCAAAAUAAGUUAAAUUAACAGUAAAAUGCUCUUUAUAUGUUAUUGCAUCACUAAUAAUAAACAAAUGCCAUAAUAUGUAGUAGUAUAGCAGUCACAGGGGGCAUUGAGGUUUUACUUUCAUAUUUUUUAGUACAUUUUCCUGAUUGUGCCUAAAUACGAAGUACCAUUUUUAAAUACAGGACUUAUAGUUGUAGUGGAGUAUAUAUCACUACUCGGUAUUAAAUAAAGGUUCUGAAUCCUUUCUUCACCAUUGCUGUAUAAGUAUGUUUUCUCUUACAGGGAUUAAAUUGUUUUAAGGCCUAAUAACAAUUCUUGUUUGCUAUUCUCUAUCAGCUGUCUACUCCCAGAGACCGUUGCUUCUUGUGGUCAGGUGACAACAUGCAGAUUAUCAUUUUUAAUGAGGUCAGAGCAUCUGCUGCUGUUGUAGGUCAGAGAGGGGCUUCCCCAGCCGCCCGACAAACAGCAGUCUGUCAGCUCUGACUCGGACUCGUCCUACCAGCUGGUCACUCUUGUGCAGUCACAGGUCAGUUUAAUCAAGUUUCACCGGAACAUGCAGGAGCAUCGGUUACGGUUACAAGGUAGUAAAUAAAUUAAAGAUGCCCGCAAAAAAGAAAAAAACAAGACAGAGUGCAGAGGAGGAAACCAAAGAUGUAGAUGACGACGACGACUCUGAGGAUCAGGAACCAAAACCCAAGAAAAAAAGUAAGCAGGUGAAUGAGUCAAAGGAUGCUGGAAGAUUGAAGAAGAAGAGCAAGAAGUUAAAGGACACUGAUGAAGAAGGAUAUAAUUCUGACACAUCAAGGCCAGAUGUGAGCCAGACUGAGAAGAAAGGUAAAGAUAAAGAAAAGGUCAAGAAAAAGAAGAAAAAAGCCAAAGAAGAGAGCGGGGAUGAGUUGAGCAAUGAGUCACAGAACACAGAUAAUGAAGAUAACAACAAUGACUCCAAGGUUAAAAAGAGAGGAGAAAAGCUCCCUGAUGUGAUUGAGACCACUAAGAAAGGCUCGAAGUCCUCAGUGAAAGAAAAGAUGGGAGGAAAGGAUAAAAAAUCCAAAAAGGACUCAGAGAAAGAGGAGGAACCUGCAGCUGAUGAAGAAGAAGGGAAAAAGACAAAGAAAGAAAAGAAGAAGAAAGGCUCGGGGAAAGACAGUGAUGAAGACAAGAAGACGAAAGGCAAGAAGAAGAAGGUUGAAAAUUAUGUAGAAAUCUAUGAGAGUGAGCUUCGCAACUAUGAGCCAGAAAAAGUGGAGAACUAUGAGGAUGAGUAUCACAAAAAGAAAGUAUAUGAGGUAGUGACCAUCACUGGAGAUGAGAGAGGAGCCGGCACUGACGCCAACGUGUUUGUUACUCUUUUCGGGGAUUAUGGCAUCACUCCCAAAGUCCACCUGGCUAGCAAGAGUCGUACAGCUUUUGAAAGAGCCAAAACCGACGUGUUCAGAAUUAGGACUCACAAUGUUGGACCUCUGAAAAAGAUAAGGAUUGAGCAUGACAACACUGGACUGAAUGCCAGCUGGUUCCUGGACAGAGUGGUGGUGACUGAUGUGAUCCGGCCUCAUUUGAGGUUUUAUUUUGCUUGCAACAACUGGCUCAGUAAAGUGGAGGGAGAUGGCCUUUAUAUCAGAGACCUGCUGGGCAGCAUGGACCCAAUGGACAUGCCCAAAUAUAAUAAAUAUGCAGUGAGUGUUUUCACUGCAGAUGUAAAAGGCAGCGGAACAGAUGCAGAUGUCUUUAUCAAUAUCUUCGGGGAGUUUGGAGACACAGGGGAGAGGCGACUCGACAAUGACAAAAAUAAUUUUGAAAGAGGCACAGAGGACAAGUUCACCAUUGAGGCACCAAACUUGGGAAAAAUUAGGAAGGUCACCAUCGGCCAUAAUAACAAAGGCUCCUCAGCUGGAUGGUUUGUGGAUAAGGUGGUUGUGGAUGAUAUGGGAAAUAAAACUGUGUAUGAAUUUCCCAUCAAUCGUUGGUUUGCCAUUGAUGAAGAUGAUGGGAAGAUCCAGAGGGACAUUUUAGUUGGAGGCAACCAGCCCACAGGUAUUGUGUACAACGUCCAGAUUGUGACAGGAAACAUCCGAGGUGCUGGGACCAACUCCAAGAUCCACAUCAUGAUGCACGGCUCGAAAGGCAUGAAGAACAGCGGCAAGGUGUUUUUGGAGGGAGGAAAGUUCGAACGUGGCUUAACGGACAUCUUUAAUGUUGAGAUCGCUGCACUCCUCAGUCCCCUCAGCAGAGUCACCAUUGGGCACGACAACGGAGGAGUCAGUGCUGGGUGGUACUGCGAGAAGGUCGUUGUGUACUGUCCAUUCACAGGGAUAGAACAGACGUUUCCCUGCGGUAAAUGGCUGGAUGAGAAGGAGGGAGACGGCCUGAUAGAGAGAGAACUCUAUGAGAUGGUCUCGCUCCGGCAGAGGAGGCAGAAGAAGCACCCCUGGUCCUUGUGGAUCUGGACUUCUGACCUGCCUGGUGCUGGUACCGACGCAGACAUCUCCUUCCAGGUGUACGGAGACAAGGGCAAGUCCGAUGAGAUCCGACUGGACAACAAAACCGACAAUUUUGAGCAGGGACAGGUAGACAGGUUCAUGGUGGAGCUGCCUGAUUUGGGGAAAUUGACCAAACUCCGUAUCUGGCACGAAAAGAGGAAUCCUUUUGCAGGAUGGCAUCUCAGCAAAGCAACAAUAAUGAAGACAUUAACAAAGGAGAAGUAUACGUUUCCUUGUGAGCGGUGGCUGGACACUAACGAAGAUGAUAACGAGGUUGUGAGAGAGCUUCCCGCCACCGGAGAGCUAAUUACCGAGCCAUUUCCCGUGAUCAAAUACAGAGUGACAGUGUGCACCGGGACUAUCGGUGGCAGCGGUACAGAUGCAUCUGUCUUUCUCAAUCUGAUUGGAGGCCAAGGGGACACUGGAGAUCGGGAGCUGGUCAACUGCAAGAAUAACGUCAACAAGUUUGAGAAAGGAAACCUGGAUGAGUUUAUAAUUGAAGCCGUAAAUAUUGGGCAGGUCCACAGAGUGAGGAUUGGACAUGACGGCAAAGGGGGAGGCUGCGGCUGGUUUCUUGACAAAGUGAUUGUUAGAGAAGAGGGACAAGCUGAGGCCCACGCUGUGGAGUUUCCCUGCAACAGGUGGCUGGACCGCAACGAGGAUGAUGGACAGAUUGUCAGAGAGUUAGUGCCAUUUUCAGAAGGACAGCGUCUUUACAAUGUCAACUAUCACAUCGCAGUGAAGACGGGUAACAUCCCUGGAGGCAGCUCAGACUCUAAUGUGUUUGUCAAGCUUUACGGAGAAAAAGGAGACACCAGCAAGAUGAUGCUGUUGGUCUCUGCCAACAACCUGGGGAACUACUUUGAGACGGGCCGCGUUGACAUCUUCACUGUGGAAACCUUUGAUAUUGGACAGAUCAACCGUCUGAUGAUUGGCCACACCAACGAAGGCAUGCGUGCCGGCUGGUUCUUGGACAGCGUUCAGAUUAUGGUUCCUGUUCAUGGAAGGCAUUACAUGUUCCCCAGUCACCGAUGGCUUUGCAAGGAUGAGGCCGACGGCAAGACAGAGGUGGAGAUUUAUCCGAGCGAGAUCCUGGACAUGGAGCAAUUGAUAAACUAUGAGAUAACAGUAGUGACUGGAGAUGUGACAUUUGCUGGCACCAACGCCAAAGUGUUCGUCCAAAUGUAUGGAGACAAGGGGAAGACGGAGAUUAUCACGCUGGAAAGUCGAUCCAACAACUAUGAGCGCAACACGACAGAAAUAUUCAAGAUAGAGGCCAAAGAUGUGGGGAAGGUCUUCAAGAUACGGAUCGGUCACGAUGGCUCCGGGAUCGGAUCGGGCUGGUUCCUGGAGACGGUGGACGUCAAACAUCUAAUCAUGGCUUUGGUGCCCAAAGAGAAGAAGAAGGACGACAAGAAGAAGAAGAAAAAAAAGAAGAAGGAUGAGGAAGAUGAGGAUGAGGAGGGAGGAGAGGAGAUGCGAGAAGUGGUGCUGACCUAUCAUUUUCCCUGUUCUCGCUGGCUGGCUACAGGAGAGGAGGAUGGCGAGCUGGUGGUGGAGCUGCUGCCUGAAGAAGCAGAAGAGCUGGAAGUCAACACCUACGAAGUGUGUGUCUUCACUGGUGACAUGCUGGGAGCCGGGACCGACGCCAACGUCUUCAUUAAUAUUUAUGGGGAAAACGGAGACACCGGAGAGCGCUACCUGAAGAAUUCUGACAACCUCAACAAAUUUGAGCGUGGGCAGGAGGAUGUUUUCACCGUGACGGCUAUUGAUUUGGGUCCUCUGAAGAAGCUACGAAUCCGUCAUGACAACACUCAGUCCUACUCAUCUUGGUACCUAGAUCGUGUGGAGAUAGUGGACACUAAGGAUGAUACAACAUACUACUUCCCAUGUAACCGCUGGCUGGCAGUGGAUGAGGACGACGGGCAGAUAGCGAGAGAGCUGGUUCCUGUGGACGAGGCCUUCAUGUGGAAGGACGACGACGAGGAGGGGACAGGAGCCACUCUGGGGCUCGAGCAGAAAUCCAUGUCUACUACAUAUACUCUUAAAAUAAAAACUGGAGAGAAGAAGUAUGCUGGAACUGAUGCCAACGUCUUUGCUAUCCUCUUUGGUGAAAAUGAUGAUACAGGGAUCAUCAACCUAAAAGCUUGUAAGAACUAUAAGAAUAAGUUUGAACAGGGGAUGAUCAAUGAGUUCACCGUUGAGGCCGUGGACCUGGGAGACCUGGAAAAGCUUAGAAUUGGGCACGACGACUCAGGGGGUUCGUCUGGUUGGUUCUUGGACUGGGUUGAGAUUGAUGCCCCCUCACAGGGUCAGAGGCUUCGCUUCCCUUGUGGCCGCUGGUUGGAUAAAGGAGAGGAUGACGGUGCGAUAGUGAGGGAUCUUUAUCCUGCUGAGUUACAGACUGAACUCUACAUGCCAUUUGUGCCGUAUGAGAUAAAGAUAUACACCAGUGAUGUGUUUGGAGCGGGAACAGACGCUGAUGUGUUUAUAGUUCUGUAUGGACAAAAGGGGGUUUGCACACAGCAGAAACAUCUUUGUGUCAACAAGAGAGAGCGACGUCUGUACUUUGAGAGGGGAGCUGAGGACAUGUUUAUUGUGGAGCUGGAGGAUAUCGGUGAUAUUAUAGAGAAAAUCAGGAUAGGACAUGACAACAGGGGAACCAACCCAGGAUGGCACCUCGACAGAGUGGAGAUCAGGCGGCAACUCAGGAAAGGAAAGGGUUCAGAGACGACUAUUUUCCCAUGUGAGUGCUGGCUCGCCAAGUCUGAGGAUGACGGGGAGACGGUGAGGGAGCUGGUCUCCUCGGACAUCAUCACAGAGAAACUCCUCAGGGAUGGAACGUUGAAGAGGACUGAAACUGAGGUGGAGGAUGCUUUGGAAACCCACACGUACACGGUGUCAGUGCGGACAGGUGACAUGUACAGAGCAGGAACCGAUGCCAACGUUUUUCUCACCAUUUACGGAGACCUGGGAGACACAGGAGAACGCAAACUUGCCAAAUCUGAAAACAACAAGAACAAGUUUGAGAGAGGAGAGGUGGACAAGUUCACUAUCGAGGCUGUGGAUCUGGGGCAGGUGUUCAAGAUUCGCAUUCGUCACGAUAACUCCAUGAUGGGGGCCGACUGGUACCUGGACCAGGUGGAGGUGCUGGAUGUUGAAACAGAAGAGGUGUACAUGUUCCUGUGUGAGCGCUGGCUGUCAACGAAGAAGGAGGACAAACGAAUAGAGAGGACCUUCUUCGUCAAGGGGUACGAGGGUGAGAGAAGCACCGAUCCAUAUUCUAAGAAGAUGGCUCAGGCCAAACUAGGACUAGACCGAAAUGCCAACAAGAAGAAAAAGAAGAAAAAGGUGGCAGUGGUGGAAGAGGGUCCAAUCAUCCCAUAUCACUUCACUCUGUCCACGGGGAUGGACCGGGAUGCCAGCACUACAGCCAGAGUAUAUGUCAUUAUCAUUGGUCCCGGCGAGAUCGAGACAGACCGACUGUGGCUGGACCUGCCGGAGGGAAAGACGUCCUUCACGGCUGGCACCAUGGAGCACUUUGUUAGCUAUGGAACGGACGUAGGAGAGAUCAAGCGGGUGGAACUUGGCCAUAACGGUGUCACACCAGAGAGCUGCUGGUUGGUGGAUGAGGUGUCGGUUGCCGUGCCAACCAAAGGUAUCAAGUACAUCUUUCCAUGCAAGUGCUGGCUGGCUAAAGACAGGGGAGAUGGUCUGACUGCCAGACUGUUCAAUGUGUUGGACUCCAGCACGAUCAACAUUAUCCGCAAAGUUGUUUAUUCAGCCACAGUUGUCACAGGGGACACUCAGUACGCAGGGACGGAUACCAACAUUUUCCUGACUGUGUACGGAGUCAAUGGGAGCACGGAGGAAAUGCUGCUGCCUAAAAAUGAGGAUAGGUUUGAAAGAGGCCAAGAAGACACGUUCAGCCUGGAGAUAGAUGACAUCGCUCCUUUGAAAAAGAUCAGAGUUCGGAUUGAUGGCAGCGGGAGCCGCCCUGACUGGUUUCUUGACAGGAUCCUGAUGCGGAACCUGACCACAGACGAAAUGUAUCUGUUCACCUAUGAGGACUGGCUGUCCAAGACCAAAGGGCCGAAGAGGACGAAGGUGUGUGAGCUGGCGGCGGUGGUGGACGAGGAGGAGAUGGUGGAAAAAACAACCUACAUCAUCCAGGUCCAGACCAGCGAUGUCGGAGGUGCUGGUACUGAUGCCAACGUGUUUCUGAUGGUGUUUGGGGAGUACGGAGACACUGGGACGUUGCCUCUCAAGGAGAGCACCAAUAGGAACAAGUUUGAGCGAAAAAUGAAGGACGUGUUCAGAUUUCCUGACAUGCUCAGUCUGGGCGAACUGUCCAAAGUCAGAGUGUGGCAUGACAACAAAGGCCCUGCUCCUGGCUGGCACCUGGAGUACAUUGAUGUCAAAGAUGAGACCAUGGAUCAGAACUUCAGAUUCCCCUGCGACCGCUGGUUGGCUAAAAAUGAAGACGAUGGGCAGAUUAUGAGGGAGCUGGCUUGUGCCAACAAUGACUCUGUAGACCUCAGUGACAAAACCAAAUAUGAAAUUGCCACAACAACUGCGAACACAGACGAUGCCUCCACCGUGGAAAAUGCCUGGAUCGUGUUGGAAGGAAGGAAAGCCCGAUCCAAAGAGUUUGUUCUGGAGAAUAAGAAAAAGAAGUUCUUAUGCGGUGCCACUGACACAUUUGAGUUCUCGUCCAAGCAUGUGGGGGAAAUUGCUGGCAUCUGUCUUGGCCAUAUCACCAAAGAUGGCAAGAAGGUGAAGAAUGAAGCGUUCUGGCAUGUUAUGGAGGUGGUGGUGACAGAAAAGGAGCUGGGAAACAAGUAUUUCUUCCGCUGUGAUGCACAAAUCCCCCUGGCAGCCAAAAAGGACCAGUUCCUGACAUUCGAGUGCUACAAGUCCAUCGAGAGCUUUGCCAGCAAAGUCCGCAGCCUGGUUCCUGUCAAGUACGAAAUCAUCAUCAUCACCGGGGAUGUCAAAGGAGGAGGCACAGACGCAAACGUUUUCAUCACCAUCUAUGGCGUCAAUGGUGACUCGGGCAAACGUCACCUGCGACAGAAGUUUCGCAACCUUUUCGAGAGAGCGCAAACGGAUCGCUUUGUCGUGGAGAUGCUGGACCUUGGGGAGCUGCUGAGGAUCAAAGUGGAGCACGACGGCAGCGGCACCAGCUGUGGGUGGUAUUUAGAGUGUGUGGAGGUGACCAACACAGCCAACUCAGUCACAACCAUCUUCCAGUGUGGAAAAUGGCUGGACACACGGAAGGCUGACGGGCAGAUUCAGCGAGUGCUCUACCCCAAAUACUAAGAGGAAGGUGUAGGAAACUAGCUGUUAAGUGGGGGUUUUUUUGUUUGUUUUUUUACCACAGUGGACAGGCUUUGUGAGGAAAAAGUUAGAUUUAACAAACUUGGAAAUAACUUUGAUUGGAUAAAACCAGUAUUCUUUUUUAAAGUUUGUGCCAAGUCUUUCCAAUUCCUCCCCUCAAGCCUCAGAAAAAGCCAUUUGAUACCAUCUUUUCUUAUACAAUUUGACAAAUAAACAGAUCUGAUUAUUACCUAAAGUUGAUACUGCAACAUGACAAACAUUCAGUUUUAAUUUGUUCUUCGUUUAGACUUUUUAAUCGUGACUCAACGUCAAAGUAACUUCUUUUACAACCAAGUGCCAAUCAUUUGAGACUUACAAAAGCCGAAUCACCUUGUUCAAAUUACAGUAGAUCCAACCUGGACUCUGACUCAAAAGAGGCUUCGGGCAUUUAGAGUUGGAAAAACAACAAAUAAACGAGGCUCACAACAAUCAUACUAAAAACAGGAUUUUUGAGUGGGCUGCUGAUGAACUGUGUUCUCCCACAAUGCAAUGCACAGGAGGAAUGACAGCGGCAAAAAAAGAAAAAUAAUUGCAGACGUGUUGAAUCAGCUUCAGCAGCAGCACAGCGAGAUAAAGGUAACUAUGUAUUUAUAUAUUUUAUUUUAAAUGUGGUAAUGUCUCUGUGGAGCUUAAUUACCAGUGGGGUAAUAAAUACUGAAUAAUUUCC